AUGAGUUUCCAAAGAAAGGCAUGUCUCAGCAGCCGCGGCAGCCGCAGCGAGAAGCGCAGCCAAACCAGCCGGAGAGCUGUGCACUCUGCUGCUGCACCUGAGGCUAAACUUGAACCUGUGGUUGUUGAAGCUGAGGCUGUUGCAGAAGCUGCCCCCGUUGUCGAAGCUGUCGCAGAAGCUCUGCCCGUUGUUGAAGCUGUCGCAGAAGCUGCCCCGUUGUUGAAGGCUGCCCCCGUUGUUGAAGCUGUCGCAGAAGCUGUACCUGUAGUUGAGGCUGUCGCAGAAGCUGCCCCCGAUGUUGAAGCUGUCGCAGAAGCUGCCCCCGUGUUGAGGCUGUCGCAGAAGCUGACACUGUAUGGCGCUGAGGCUGCAGCUGAAGUUUCAGCCCCUGUGGAGAGCACCGAGGAGCUGGGCUUUGGGGGGCUAGUGGAUGCAGGUGCAGAGUAUGAAAAGGCCUUGGGGGAAGUAGCAAAGCUUCAGAGACUCUAUGGUGGUGGAGACCUCACAUCUUUUCCCGAGGUCAAAUUUACAAGAGCCAAGUGGAUGAAGUUCCCAGAAGUGAACUCAGCACUUUGCCGUUAA